AUGGUUUCAAAGAAGGACAUGCGCAGAGGCGACCUCGUCGUCCCCUAUGCUGAACCAGCCAGCGCAAAGAGUGAUGGCGAUGUCACUGCUGUCUUCGGAAGCACUCUUCCCAUGGCCGCUAUCUUCACCAGAAACAAGAUGAUUGGAUGGGUUGCUGUCAUCUUCGCUGUUCAGAACUGGCUAUCAGAGACCCCCGAGUCCGCAAAGAACGGCUCGACACCCGGAUACAUGACCGUCGGCAUGGCUCUCAUGUCAACUGCAGUCGCAUAUCUUCCCCUCUUCAUGCCUCCUGUUGUAGCACCCGGCGUCGGAAGCGGCACCGAAGCACCCGCCGCUGCUGCUGUUCCUACUCCCUGA